AUGUCGAAUACAAAUCGAUCCGAUUCCUAUUAUGCAUCAGUAAAACGAAGUUCACACCCUCUUAUAACAAUACCAAUAGUAAAACAUAGACGAUCAAUAACAAGUGGAAAUGUUGAUCGAACAUCUGUCUGUAAUCAUGCCAUAUCCGAUUUAUCUUCAAGUGCAAGAUCUACAACGAUAACAGCGAUUACCAAUUCAAUUCCUAAUUAUCAAGAUUUUCGAACUCAACAAGUUAUUAUGGAUAAUUACUCAAAACAACUAAAUACUUUACCAAAAGUAAAACCACCACGUGAAGUUUCACUUCGUGUUAAAUUUAUUCGUCUUGGUGAAGUGAGUACAUUACAUGAAAAAUUUUAUGCUGAAGUUGUUAUUGAAGCACGAUGGUUAUAUGAUCCAGAAACAGCUUCAUGGAAUCCAAAUCUUUAUGUUAAAAAUGCACUUGGUGAUGUUAAACAAGAAAUUGCUAGUCAAUUAGUUAAUAAUUUAGAUGAACCUGUUUAUGGUGAUAAUAAAGAAUAUGAUAUUAUUUAUGUUUGGGAAAUACGUAAGGUUGCUGGUACAUUUUGGGAAAAACUUGAAUUAAAUAGUUUUCCAGCAGAUGUUCAACAACUUUCAUUACAAAUUGUUACAAGAUAUCCUAUUGAAGAAUGUAUUUUAGUUGAAAAUCGUUUUCAACCAUCAAUGGUUAAUCGUGAAGCAUUUUUAGGUAGUUUAAAAAUAAAAGAUAAUCAAUCAAUAAAUAGUGUUUAUGUUUUGAUAGCACAACAAGAAUGGUUUCUUUAUGAACAUAUUGAAACACGUUCAACAAUAACAACAGAAGAUUUUAGUUUUCGACCUAUUCGCCAAUCGACUUAUCUUGUGACUUGUUGUGUUGCUCGUCGACCUGGUUAUUUCUAUUGGAAUGUUUAUUUACUUAUUUUUCUUAUUACACUUAUUGCUCUUACUGUCUAUGGUGUUGCACCUGAACAUGCACAUAGUCGUCUUCAAAUUACUGGAACACUUUUACUUACUUCUAUUAUGUUCCGCUGGUCGGUAUCUCGUCUUCUUCCUCCUGUUUCUUACUUAACUUUAUUAGAUAAAUAUACAUUGAUUUCAUUAGUUUUUAUUUCACUCAAUUCUAUAUGGCAUUCAAUAAUUGCUUUUCUUAUUCGAGAUAUGGGUAUAUCAAAAACGAUUGAUUAUUAUGUACUUAGUUUAUUUACAAUUAUUUUUCUUGUUUAUCAUUUUUUAAUGGCAUUUAUUUUAUUUCAAGCGUUACGUAAUCGUCAAAUAAUGCUUGAAAGUGAUCGUAAAUAUGCAUCGAAAUUAGCUGGCAUGUUUGAAACAUUUGUACAAGGUCAUCAUGCUGUACAACGUUUUAGAGAUAGACAAAAUUCAACUCAUGCAUCUCUAUUUGUCUAA